AGAUAAUAAAAUAAAUAUUUUUAUUUUGUCUGAGACGUUUUUAAUUGAAUUUUACUUGGUUAGGAUACUACUAUAUAUACUUCCUACUCUACAGAGUUGGAGUUCAAAUGAUUUUUAACUUAAGAAAUUGAAUGUGACAUGAUCAGUUUAAAAUGGCUAGCAACAAGGAAAAUAUGUGUAGCAAGCUAGAUAGCAAACAAAAAUAUGAUGACCCCAAAGUUCGUAGGCAGAUUCGAGCAGAAUACAGAAAUUUAGCUUUUGAACUUAAUGAGAAUGCAGAAGAAUCAUCAAAUACAGAUUCAACAAAUCUUCAAGAGUAUAUUGAAAAGGUUGAAGGAUUAUUCACCAAGGUGCGUCACCCAAGAGAGGCAGUUCACGAUUCUAGUCUUUUAGUAACAUUAACCAAAAAAGGAAGACAGCAAGCCCAGCAACUGAAAACUGAUCUUGUAUCAUUUGAUAAUCACACAUUUAUUGAAAAAAUUAUUUCAUUUGUCAGUGGUCGAAACAUAUCUGAUAUAUUAGGAGAAGAUAAUGACGUAUGUGAUUUAUCAAAUGCAGCAUGGAAACAGUUGGGAAAUGAAUGUCGACCAUUGUUUAAGAAAACACCUCGUUUUGAUUUUUUAUUAGGUCCUCUUGUUCUCAAAGUUAUAGCAAAAGAAAGAAUUCAACGAACUGCUAAUCGUGAAAAACUACCACAAGGAGAUGCCUUGAAACUUAAAAUAAUUGAUAGCGUUGACGAGAAAGAAGAAGCUACCACAAAGGAAGUAGAAAGAGUUUAUAAGAUACUAAAAAAGUCAACCAAUAAUGGUAUGCAAGCUGUUUGCUUAUUUCAAUUUAUUAUUAAUCCCACUUCAUUUGGACAAAGUGUAGAAAAUUUGUUUCACUUAUCAUUUCUCAUCAAAGACGGAAGAGCUACUAUUGAAUUGGAUGAGCAAAAAUGCCCUACAAUCAAUCUUCAUAAAGAAUAUAACGAGACAGAAUAUGCAGAUAUUGUUUAUAAAAAGCAAGUAGUCAUGACUUUAACCAUGGCUGAUUGGAAGGAAAUCAUAGAAGUUUAUAAAAUUAAUGAACCCACAAUUCCAACUCGAGAAUGGUUUAUUACAACAUAGUCCGUAUAAUCUAAAACGAAGAAGUAACUAUUUUUGACAACUUUUUUUACGUCAUCUCUUGCGUUAAGCUGUAAAAUUCGUGUAAUCCCAAGUUUAAACAACUGAUAAAAACAGUUUUACUGGCAAUACAUUUCAAACUAUUAUCGUUUGGUAAUAAACUACUGUAUUACGACGGUUGAGCGCUUUUUGUUAUCUCCAAAAUGUUGGCAUAAAAAAAUUGACGAUCACUGUACAUAACUUAUGGUAUGUUGUAUAUGUUAUUGUAUAUAUAUAUAUAUAUAUGAUAUAUAUAUAUGAUAUAUAGUCUUGUAAAUAUCUUAUGUUAGUGUAGAUGCUUUUUUUGUUAUACAUGCAUCGUUUUUUUUUAUGUAUAAAUUUUAUUAUUUUAAAAAUUUAUCUUAUAAUUUUUCUACAUAUCAAAGUGAAAAUAAAUCAAGAAAGAAACAAUGACUCCAGAACUUUUAAAUCCAUUUAAGUAGAAAAAAAAACUAGUUUAUUAUAAUCUUGGUUAUCGAAAAAUAUUAACGCUGAACGUCUGCCUUAAAGAAACUAUGUUUUGAACGAUGACCAUAACCAGUUGAUACAUUACGAAUAAUUGCCGAGAUAAAAAUGAUUCGGAUUAUGGUAAUAUUUCUUUCCAUAUUCAAAUUACGAUAAUGUUUCUGGCCAUAUAUAUUCAUGUUUUUACUUAAUGGUCAAAAAGUACCGGAGUCGCUGUUUCUUCCUUUACUUUUUUUUUUAACUUUCAUAAGAAGGAAAAUUAUAAAAGAAACUUUAUAUAUUAUAAUAAUAAUAUUUACUUUAUAUAUUAUAAUAAUACUUUAUAUAUUUAUAAUAAAACUUUAUAUAUUAUAAUAAUGAUAAUAUUUUUACAUUAAAAAGCGAUGCAUGUAACAGAAAAGUUAUCCAUACCAAAAAAAAAAGAGAGAAGUUUUAUUGCAGACAACCGCAGCACAAUUUUUACUAAAAAACCUAAAUUCAAUUUUUAUAUUUUAUUUAUAUUUUAAUAUAAAACGUUUUUAAUAGCAUAUUAGAUUUAAACUAUAAUUUACUCUAAAAGUUUUAUCGCUGAAAUAACAAAGUGUAAAAGAAAUUAUUUAAUAAGCAUUUAAAGAGAAUUGCGUAGGAACCUUUUGCGGAAAGUCUGCUUUAAACCAUGUAAAUUAUUUUUGUUAAAUCAUUUUUGUUGUUUUU